AUGUAAGUUGCAUUUAGUGUCAUUUGUGUUGGAUUAGACAACGCUGGCAAAACCAGUCUAUUGCGCACACUCUCCAAUAGUUAAAGAAUGGAGAUAUUCCCUACACCCACCAUGGAGAUCCAUUAUGUCAUUUGUCCCAAAAUUGGGAAGUAUUGUCUCGUCUACGAUAUGUCUGGAAAUGGUCGCCAUAGAGCAAGUUGGAGAAUUCUCUAUCAAGAUGUUCAAGCCAUGAUCUACGUCAUUGACACCAGUGAUUCAGAAUACAGGUUGCAUACAACGAAUUUCAUAUCACUAGAUUCCAUUUAUAAAGACAUCUGAUUGAAGAGGUGCUUAAUGAUGAUUUAAUCAAAAAGAGUGCCAUCCCCAUUCUAUUCCUCUUCAACAAGAACGACAAAAAGAAUAGGUUCAACAAGGACGAUCUCAUCAAGGUGCUGGGAUUGGACUCCAAGAAAUUCAAAAAUAAAUUCAUCUUCAAAGAGACUUCUAGUUUUGAAAUCUCAAAAUUGAAAGAAGCCAUUGAUAAUCUGACUGAUGCUCUCUUUAGCAAAAAAUAAUGA